AUGAAAGAGAUUCUCCAAAAUGUAAUGGUUACAAAUGAAAAGAAAGAAAAUUGCCCAAACUGUCAUGAAAAAUGGAAUAUUUAUUGUCAAUUUUGCCCUACUUGUGAGCUCCCUCCAUGGUCAAGCAACAAUAAUAAAAUUGAUAAAAUCAUUAAAGAAUCUCAAGUUGAAAUUUAUAGAUUUAGUGCUUUCCUUGAGUGGAUUGCCUACGAAGAAUUUAGUGAAAUAGAAUUAAUUGAUGAGGGAGGUUUUGGCAGUGUAUCAAAGGCAAUUUGGAAUUCGGGAUAUAUAAUUGAUUUCAACAAAAAGCAAAGAAAAUUGGUUCGAGCAGGACCAAGCCUUGUUGCACUGAAGACUUUAUUCAAAUCAAGUGAUGCAAAUUUGGAUAUUAUUCAAGAAAUUUUGGGAGAAUGGGAUUAUCGUGCUCUUCGAAAUGAAUUUGAAGAAAAUAUAGAAAAUAGAAAAGUAGAGAAAGCAUCUGAAAUUCACAAAGGCGCAGUGUACAAAAGUAGAUCAAUCUCGAAAAUUAUCGAAGCAGCAGGAGUUGAUGAUAUCACUUCGAUUAACUCUCUAUACAAGCUGCCGGAUGGUAUUUAUUGUUUUUUGAAUUGUCUCUUAAUUCUUCACUCGGGUGUCUGCAUCAUUUUUAAAAUCGGGUUAUUUCGGGUCAAACUUUUGGUAUUGUACACGGACGAUGAAAUAGCAGAUACGGACAUGUGCUAG